GCUUAUGGCGUCUUAUCUGGACAGAUAGAUGUAUGUAAUGAUUACAAGCCUUCCACUUCUAAAAGUCAAUUUUUUAAUAAAAAAUAGGUUAAACCUCAACUUUGAUCCCUCAACUAUUAUAUGAACUCUCAUUUGAUCCUUAAAUUAAAAAAAUCCUCAAUUUUAUCCCUUAAUUAUUGUACAGAUCUUAAUUUGAUAUUAUUGUUUAUUAAUUUAACCCUAAAUUGAUUCUUCCUUUAAAAAACAACUGAUAUGUUUAUUAAUUAACAAUAAAAAAUUAUUACUUAAUUAUCAUAUAUCACAUUAAUAAUAAAAUAUAUUAUCUAUUUUUAUAAAACUAAUUUAAAAUCAAAUUGAUAAAUAAUAAAAACUAAAUUAAAAGUUUUUUUAAUUUAAGAAGCAAAUCAAGAACCGAUGCAAUAAUUAAGGGAUCAAUUGAAGAAUUAACCUAACAAAUAAAAAAGAAAGACCAACCAGCAAGAAUGUACACGGAAUUGCACUCCAUUUUUUCACCCAGAAAUUUGACUUUUCUAUUUAAUUUGAUAAAUUAAAUUCCCCGAUCUGGGUUUGAGACACAAACCCAGAUUUGGGUUUGUCUCAAGCCCCGAUCUGGGUUUGAGACACAUCCCAGAUUUGGGUUUGUUUCAAGCCCACCCUUUAGCCCCCUUCAAUCGCCUAGCAGAAUUCGUAAAAAUCACCAAGACAUGAGGGAAGAGGCGAUGUACGACGAGAUGCUGCGAAUGAUGGGGGAUACCGAGCGAGGUACCGACUGCACCAGCGUGUCCUCCGCCUCCGAAGAAGAAGCCGUUUUUGUUCAAGAAGAAGAGGGAGCCACCGAAGGACAGACAUUUCCAGCCACCUGAUCUGGAGUUGUUCUUCUCGAUCAACCAGGUUCCUUGCAACAUUGCCAGCAACAUCAAUACCGAAUUCGGUGCCUAAGGACGCCUGGGGACGCCUGGGUUCGGCAUCGGUGGAUGAUGGGUAUUUUAGAAGGAAUUAUUCAACCCUUGCUGCAGCUGUAGCAACAGUAGAGAGUGAAGAGGAAGAAGUAGGUGAAUGCGAGGGAGAGGAAAGUGAUCAAGGUGAAGGGGAAGAAAAGGAGGGUAUAGAUCUGGUUUUGUUCUUUUGCUUAUUUUGUGUUUUCUAUGUGUAUUUUUGGAGUUGAUUAAGUGGUUUUCGUGUUGAUUAUUUUCGAGAUUAGAUCUGCAGUCGGCUUGUAUGUGAAUGUG